UCUUGUUCCCGCGAAAGUGUGGAAAGGACUUUGAUUUGUUAAAAUCGAGUUUGUUUUCUAAAGUGCCUUGGGUGGGGUUUUCAAAUACGUAUCAUACUUUAAUUGUUAGUUUAUAUUUUUGAUGUUGGCGAUCCAGUGGAAAAGUAAAAUAAAAUUGUGACUCCUUUCUCUGCACAAUGAGUCAGUCGGAGGAGGAGCAGAACAUCCCGGACCGUGACACGUGCCAGAAGCUCACGGAGCAGUUUGCCGAGAUCACGGGCACGGAUGUAGCGUGCGCGCAGUUCUACUUGCAGGACAGGUGUUGGGAUCUAGAGCGAUCAGUGAAUGCAUUCUUUGAAGCAUCGCAGAAAGGCGGGGUUAGCGUUCUUAAUGACUGUGAUGCUCCUGGUAUUGUCGUCAACGUUGACAAAAAAAUGGCAAAGAAACUGGAGCAGAGCCAACCCACCAUCAUUCCGCCAUCAAAAUUCAGCAUCAUCAGUUGGAAUCUAGAUGGCUUGGAGGAGCGAAAUCUGAAGAAGAGAACCAAAGCAGUGUGCAAGAUUAUAACCAUGCAGAAACCAGACGUGAUCUUCUUCCAGGAAGUGAUCCCGGAAACGUUCACCUAUUUGGAGGACAGGCUGCCGGAGUACAUGUGCAUAGCUGGCAACACAGAGGGCUACUUCAGCGCCACGCUGUUGCGUCGCUUCACCAUCUACUUUGACGGGCACGAAAUUGUGACCUACCCUGGUUCCCUAAUGAUGAGGAACCUUCUGUCCGUUGAGGCCCACAUUGGCUCGUUGAAGCUGAAGCUGCUGAACACUCACCUCGAGAGCACGGCGGAGCAUGCGGCAGAGCGGGUCAGGCAGCUCAAGACUGGCUUCAAGAUGGUCCAGGAGUUUCCCGAGAACUACACUGUCGUAUACGGGGGUGAUUUGAACAUGAGGGACAAAGAGGUGGAGCUGGCUGGGGGCAUCCCCCCGGGAAUGGUGGACCUGUGGGCGGCGUGCGGGGCGCGCCAGACCUGCCAGUACACGUGGGACAUGGUGCGAAACUCCAACAAGGAGAUCGCCAGUAGGUUCAAGCCCCGCUGCCGGUUCGACCGGCUCUACCUGAGGCACGCCCACCCCCGCCGGGUGGUCCCCGCCCACUUCGGGCUGGUGGGGAUCGAGAAGGUGGCCGGCACCCAGUCCUUCCCGAGCGACCACUGGGGCAUACAAGCGUUCUUCGACAUCAGCGACCAGUGAUCCGCGCCGCGCCGACGCCUUCCGGAAAAGACUGAUGCGCUGUUAUACAUCUAUGUUACAGUUUCAUUUUGUUACAUGUUUAAGGGUGGGCACAUUCAGCUAUCAAAUUAACUAGUAUCCAAGAUGUUUUCCAUUGUAACACACACAUUUCAUUUAGUACUUCAAUCAUAGAACCAUUAUUUCUUGUGAGAAAAGUGAAUGUCUGUAUGUGUUGAGGCAGGGUGUCCACAGUUAGUACUUUCGUACUAGAUCUAGUACUUUUAUAAUUUUUUUUAAUGGUCUAGUAAUUUUACGCUCAGAUCUAGUACUUUUUUCUUUAAUACAUAUAAUAAUAUUAUAGUAACUCCAAUCUGUUUAAUUAUUAGGCAUAAUUAUUUUAUAAAAACUAUGGAAUGUAUGUGUGUGUGGUGUGACGUUUAAGUUCAAGCAUUGCAGUGUCAUAAUAACUUCCUAAAUUGUUAAAACCAUAACUAAUUAUAAUUUAGUACUUUUUUUUCAAAUCUAGUACUUUUUUCUCGCCUAAGUUGGUACGAAAUAUUUUUUCCUUGUGGACACCCUGUGUUGAGAAGAUAGUUUUCUCAGAUGGUUCUGUAACCCCCACAGCAGAUUUUAUUGGCAGACCAUACAUUUAUCUGUGUGGUGGCUUAAACCUCAAACGAGGGUAAGUUGUACCAUUUAACUACAUACCGUAUUUACCCAUGUACCACCCGCCCCCAUGUAUGACCCGCACCCCAAAUUUUCAACAUACUCUCUGGAAAAAAAAUUUUUUCACUGUAAUGUCUAUUUACAUUUGCCUGCAUAAAUAGGGAAAAAGAGUCUGUCAUUGUAACAACAAAGAAAACUCUUUAUAACUGCAGCACAGAAUUUUACUAACACAAAUGCAUGAAAUAUUAAGGAAAAAAACCCAGUAAUAUUCAUUGUCAAAAUAUUAGAUCAAUUUUGCUAAACAACAGACGUAAAUUAGGUGAAAUAAAUUUUAAAAUGUUUGUAUGCAAUAACCACAAUCGUCAACUGUUCAGUCCGUUGCAACAUCCUGCAAAUAAAAAUAAAGAUCGUAGUGCCAAAUAAUUAAAAAUAAUGAGUGAUGCCAUAAAACCAUUUUAUUCAACGUAAAAAAACCCGUAGCAAAAACGUGAGUUGUAUUGAUACGCAUAAAAUGGCGCGGGUUGCCAGUUAUAGUUAACUCGGUUGUAAACAGAGCGCGCGCGUAGCAAGAAGUUUGCGAGCUAUCGCUAUCGAUCUUCGACUACGUGCGCGCGCUCUAUACCGAAUGAUGCCAACUGGCGCUGUUUACGUUUUAUAGGUGGAUUACAGCGACUCCCGACACGUUACGGAUAAAGUUUAAUACUUUUAAAAACGUCUUGAAAACACAUCAGAAUACGUUGUAUUACGAUUAUUUAAAUUAGAAAGCGUUAAUCUCAGAAUAAACCGCGUAAAUUGCGGGAAGCAGUUUAUACGCGCGUUGUAAACAACUGCAAUUUAUUGCAUUGCAUCAUAUGAGGUUAAAACGGGACCGAAAUAAAAUGGUGCAAAUAUCGGGAAAAAGUAAAUAACGGUAACGUAAAUAAGGGGUUUCGCUGUAUUUUCAUUGUAAUAAAUGCGUCCAGCAUUCGGUAAUGUACUAUAAAUCCAAUUUUUUCAGUCUUCAUUGUUGUCCAAAACCUCAAAUUUCGUGUAUGACCCGCACCCCGACUUUUGAAUGUUGUUUUUCAGAAAAAAUGUGCGGGUGGUACAUGGGUAAAUACGGUAUUUGACAUGUUAAGUGCCCGAUGUUUACUUCCGCUAUGGUUCACUUGUUAUUGUUUGUACUAUAUCUUAGUGUAAUUGUUUAAUAGCCAAUUUAUAUUUUUUGUAAAAAUCUGUGAAUUACUGUUACUAAAUGUGUUUUUUUUCUCUCUUUAUUUUUGAUAAGUUUGCAGUCUGUAAAUUUUCUUUUAAAAAUAUGUUUUUAAACGUUAUUUCCUUUAUCUGAUCGUCUUGUGUCGCCGCGGUGUACCGCUUAUAAAAAUGUAGCCAGCGCAUCAUUCAUGUUUGGUUAUGUGGCUUCCCGUAUAGAGCGCGCGCAUGUAGUUGAAUAUCGAUAUCUCGCCGAUUGGAUGCAACGCGCGCGCUCUCUGUCAGGUGCCGAGUUAACUACAUUUGAUAGCCCGCAUUCUUUCAUGGCAAGUGUGUACUACAACACGUUAGUUCACGUCAGAUUCAAGUGGCUUGCGUUCGCGUUAGAGUUUUUGUUUUUCUAUUUAAAGUUGAAGAAAGGUUUUUGUUUAAUGAAUUAUUAAUAUAGAUUGUUUGGCAUGCUCUUGCAUACUCCACCUUUUUUUAAAUAAACGUACUUUCUGUGAACAGGUUUUGUUUUUAUGAUUAACUUUACGUAACAAAAUUUUUUUUUUCCCCGCAAUCGUCGCACCCCUACUUUUCAAACUUGAUUUUAUAUUUAAAUGUGUGACGAUUAUGUCAGAAAACACGGUAGUGUCUUGAUUAAAUGGUAUUCAGUACCUGAUUGGAAAAUAAAUUAUUUUGAUUAACAUACACUCUUAUAAAAAAUUAAAUGCAUAUUCAAUUAGCGCUGUUUUGAAUAGCGCUCUUUUUUCCUGGAACAAAUCAGCAUUUUACUUUGAGGGGCAGUUUUAUAUGUAUACUUUGACUAAUUGUUUUCUUUUUACAUUAUAUUACCAUGUCCGAUAAAAAAACAGUUUUGGUUGGUAGACAUUCCUGUCACAUGUUGAUUAUAUAUGUAUAUAUAUAAACUUAAUACUAUAAUGUGUGAUAAAAAGGCAUUUAAUUGUAUUGUUUUUUAUUUUAGACACAUCAGAACCAAUUUUAUUUUCUUCUCAAGUGUUCCACAUAAGUAUACCUACAGUUUAAUGUGUCUCAUUUGAACCUUUUUAUUUAAAAAUUGCAAGUUUUUAUUACAAUUUUUGCUAGUCCUUUGAAUUUGUUAUUAAAGUAAUUUAAAAAAAAGUUAAUAGGUGUAGUGAAAACUUUAUUCCGAUGGUUCCUUGUAAACUGUAGUGAAUGUCUGUUAAAACAUGCUAAAUUUCUGCAGCAUUAAUAUGUUUUUUUCUUUGCAUACAGGAGGAAAAUGUUGACUAACAGGUAUGAGAAGAAUUGAUCUCUCUAGCCAAAAACUUGUCCAAACACAUGGUCUUUCCUAACCUUAUAUUUGUUUUCCCUUAUCUUUGGUUAGACGUUUCUAUUCCUGGCGACAUAAAGUAAGGACUGUUUACAUGGUUGUUUCCAUUUCAAUCUGCUAGCAUUCUGGAAACUGGGGUUUGAAUUUCUUACAGAAAUAAUCCAAAAAUAUGAAGGAUUUUGGUAUUUUUUUCCUCAAUCUCUUUGUCUGCUUAUAUUUAGUACAGUGAAUUUAAGUGUAAAAGAUAGAGGGGAAAAAAAGAUCAUCAUUUUUGAGCUGUGUGUAUGGCUCAAGAAACAGCAGAAGAAAAUAGUACUGUAAAGAGGCUCAUACAACUGAUUCACCGUAGUGUUGAACAAAAUGUUAAUAGAACCAGGAUGAGACACCAAGACAUAACAGUAAGAUGCAUAUGGGUAGCAUUCACAACUAAAUACUUUACUGAAUGCACGCAAGGAAGAAAGUUGUAAACAAAACAAAAUUACAUUAAAAAAUUGUUUUCAGUAUUUGUUUUGUUAGGUGUAUAUGUAAAAAUGAAUGAUGAAAUAAUAAAUGCAGCAUUAAGUAAAACUAAAAAUAAUUGUUUUUGUUGUCCA